AAAAAAGGAUCCAGAGACGAGUUCUAGAUCGAAGCCGUCGCCUAAGUAGCAGAUCCUCAAAAUAAGCUCUUCGUUCCAGACAUCGUUUCGUGCAAAAACGACUUCUAGUACUCCGAUCAGCACAUAAAGGAAGAAGAUGGUCGCCAUGAAGAUGGUCAUCUCCAAGAGCCUUUUGCGCUCCAGGGUCUAUUUCUUGCUGCCUAUAGUGUCUGUUCUUCUCGUCCCUUUGUUGGAGAUCAGGCCUCCGGGAGCUUUCGCGACGAAACUAGGAGUGGCUAAAAGUUUCUUUCAGGGAGGGCCAACUGCGAACGGUUUCGGCAACAGCAACGGGGCAGCUGCAGGCCCACCUGGAUCAGCUGCGCCGCAGGGUUUCUUUGGAGCAGCUCCGGGGAGUAGCUCUCCGCGGGCGGGUAAUGGUGCUCAGAAUAAUGUGCCCCUCCUACCCCCGAACGCUGUCGUACCAGCACCAAGUUCUCCCUCCUCAGCGCAGUCUUUCGGCAACUCGCUGCUUUCCUGCUUCGGCGGUUUGAGCAGUUCCGGGUUCCGAGCAAGACAGGGAAACCAGAGUCCAAAAUCUGCCGCGGAAAAAACCCCAGCUGCGACCCAGCGCCUGGUCGGUACUCCACCGAUGGGGAUCUCUGUGUCACCGCAGCUGAGUCCGCGGGGAAUUGAGAAUCUCUACCCAACCAACGUGUUGGGAAAUAUGGCUUCGAACUUCCGGAACGCCCCCGCCGGGUCGUUUUACCCGCUCUCCUGGGUAGUGGACGAAACGCAGUAUCGACCGAUGGACCCGCUCCCCGCGUCGGUCGUCCGCAGCAACAUGCUUCCGGGGGCAGUGAAAAUCCUCGUGCACAGGGCGGUCAUGAUAUGCAUUGCAAAUAUGUCUGGGUCUGGAUGGUUGUAACUUGUAAUGCUGUUCUUGAAUUCUACAAAAAAUGUGUAUUGCAUGACCAGCAAAAGGAGUCCAGUACCAGUUUCAAACUGGUACUGGACUCCUAUUUUUGUUCUACGCGGAGAUGGCAUUUCUCAUGCGGAAUAGGCAUCAGGAAGUCCUCUAAAAAUCUGUGAUGCUAGGCCAUGCAUUACAGGCGCCACGGGUCAUGCAAAAUAUGCAUGACAAACCUGGCAAUCUUCCAGACCCAGACACUUUUGCAUUUGAUACAUGAAGCUGAGCCAGGCUCCGGUGGUGGUGUACCGAUUUCAGGACCGCCAAACGAAGCAAAUCCUCACGUGGAACGACUAUUUGGUUUCGUCCACGAAGAAGACCGGCUUGCACGUCGAGGUAGACAAGGCCCGGCACGCUUGCAAGUGGGCCCAGAAACUGCAGGAGAAGGGGAGAAGAUCCUCUGCGGCUCUUUACUUUCAGAAGUGUUUGCGGCACAACCUCGGGGAACUGGAACUCCAGCCAACCGUGGACCCGACCGAGGAUCCACGCUGGAGAAGCAAGAAGGAGGGGUUCAACGUACACACCAAGACCAGCACGCCUUUGAAGGACGACAGGCUGACUGAAGACACCCAGUUAUACGUGAUCUACGAAUCUCCGGCCGGCACGGCAUCUUCCGUCCCCGCACUGGUCUACUUGCAAAGCACAGCAGGGGCGCAGAACUUCCACCAAUUGCACCACCAAUCUCACGCAAUGGCAAGGAUGAAUAGCGAAGCAGGCGCAGCGGACACUGGGAGCAGUAGUGCAGCAGGGAAUGGACGUAGUGUGAAUUUCGUGACAGCGCCGGCGGCCACGGAUGAGGAGUUGCAGGACCUGGUAAGGAGCGCGCGGAGCACCGGAACAAACGGUAUGAAAUCCGCCCGGUCGCCGGUGUACAAGACCGCCAGUAUUUUUCAGCAGACCAGCACCAUCGUGAAAAUGCUUACCCAGCUGGUGGAGGCGGUCUCGUUUUUACAAGUAACCAUUGAGGCUGCGCAUCACGAUUUGCAGGCGCAGAACCUGUAUGCAUUGCAAACGCAUCGUAGUCGUACUAGUAGAAAUAGCAUUACAAAUUUGUCCAGAAGGAAUUUGUAAUGCUGAAUGAGCUAAGGAACCAGAUUUGUCACGCAUGACUGCAAUGAAAAAACUACGAGUACGAUGCUUUUGCACUGCAUAACCUGUUCUGGAGCCCGGAUACCGAGAAGAUCGUGAUCACGGACUUCGCUUCCAUGAUUGGGUUCGACGAGGCAAAGGAAGCCUUGGCUGCGUGCGAGCAAAAGAAGCAGGCGCGAGCUAGUUCUUCCUCCGGAAUAAAUAAGACAACUGGAGGUGCCGGUAGUUCCUCUUUACUCGCGACUCUCACCGCGUCUGUCACUUCGAACGCGGACGACGCGAAAACUUCCAAGCAACGCGAGAAGAUGGGCAAGUACUUCGGCACGUGGACGGUAGGGUUCGCACCGAAGGAGGUCGAGGCUGGCCAGGUUUGUGAGGCGCUGAAGACGAUGGACUCGGUUGACCUUUUCUCGCUCGGGUCGAUCUUUUCGCAGCUCGUGUUCGACGGCCUGAACGUAGUGACUGGGCGGUAUUUGGACGUGCCGUCCUGGCAAAAACAGCAAGAUCAACGGGCAAGCUACUCUAUCGAUUGGACAAAGCUCGAGGAGGAAGUGCGGUAUGCGUUGCAAAAUAAACAUCGUACUCCUAGUAAUUCUAAUUGCGGAAUACAAAUUGACAUAGCAUGAAAUCAGAUGGAAUUUGUCAUGUUGAUUUUCCUUGGGAACGAGAACGAGAUUUGUCAUGCGUCGUUGCGAAUAGGAAUACUAUGAGUCGGUGAUACUUUUGCUCAGGAUAAGCGGUUUGAACAGCCCACAAGGUUGGACGUCGAGAUCGAAGACGGAGCGGUCAGCAGUCCGGGAAGCGGCUUGAGUGCCUGUUGCUCCCCGAAAGCCCGCAGUGGCCCGCACCCAAAUCUGUUGAUUCGGGAAUACGUAGCGCCGAUGCUCCAUGCCCGGCCGCGACAGGCAAGCUCUCCCGCGGACCAAGCCAAGCCGCUGCGGGCGCCGAUCGCAACGUCCGAAGUGAGUGUGGUGUUCCUGAAGGUCGGGGUUGUGCAUCGUCUGAUGAAGUCGAUGCCAGAGUCCUGGUUGAGCCCCUUCUUUCACUUCUGGCAACGGUUGUGGCUUCCGCACCUGGAGCGGAAACAGGCGUUUUUCGUCUUGGCCAGAGAACUCUUUCACGACGAUCUGUUGCCAGACAACUACAGCUUCGUGCCGACAUCAGGAGAAACAACUGGCAUAAUUCCCCCGAAUGGAUCAUCAUCCUCCUCUCCGCGGGCUUUCCAGCUGGACGGGAGUGUGGGAUUACCGCUGCAAAGAAGGGGUGGAGCAAAUAACAACGGUGCAGUGACGAUCGAGCUGCAACCAGAGACCGUGCCGGCAUCAAGUGGAUUUUCGCUUUUGUCCACCUGCUGUCGGAGCCAGCAGCCGUAGGAAGGGUCAUGUGCUAGAAGAAGAGGAGGUAUACGUUGAGCUUAUAGUUCGUGCUGCGAACAAUGCGAUGCUGUACAAUGCUUUACAUUUUUGCUCUGUGCUGUCUGCAGAAAGUCAAAAUACCUAUUUUUCAUUUUCCCCGGUGGAAAGACCCACUCAGCGAGUGCGUUGGCCUUCGCUGCAGGAAAUUCUACCGUUUCUGAAUUUUGUCGUUUGAGAAAACAGCAAAUUGAACAUCCGUUUUUUUUUUUUUGUAGUGCCGCUCUCGCUUUUGUUUGCCAAACCGAAAGAUUUGAUACUUUCUGACUUCCGGAAUUUUUGCCCUCCUUGCCUCCAAAGUUAUAGUAGAGCUGGUGAAAGAUUUCCUUCCCAUACUGUCAAAUUGGAAUUUCAUUGCUAUCUGAACAAAACGCAAAUCUUGAAAAUGCAAACAGUUAGUUUGGUAAGAUGCGGUUCCGUGGAGGUCCACACGAGAUGGAAAGGGUAAGAUCCUGAAAAACGAAGCGUCGAAAGGACAAGGAGGGGAAGGGCGUUCAACAUAAGGAGUUGUGCAGGUUUUGUUGCCGACAAAACUUUUUGUGCCUGC